AUGGUCUUACUCAGGUGGGAGAACUAUACAAUCUUGAUAGCAAAUUUAACAGACCCCUUCAAAGUAGUACUCAUAGCCCACGUUCCUUAUGGUGACUCUUACAUAGCUCUUGAUGAAUUAUUUAUGAGCAACUGCGAAAAAGAGAACUUACGUGGUGUCAAAACAAUACGACAGAGUCCCUUAAAAUACUUAAAACGAGAUGCCUUGUUGAAAUCUGGAUGUUUAAAAGACGAGUUUAGAUGCCAAUCAUCUCUAUGUAUUAGUAAAGAUAGAAUAUGUAAUUUACAUCAUGAUUGUUCAGAUGGGGAAGACGAAUCAUUGACUGUUUGUGGGAUGGGGCCCGUUCAUAUGGUUCAACCAGUCCCUAUAGGUUGA